UUGCAUUGCACCACGCCAAUGCCGCUUGUCACUGUGUGCGGCAUCCCCGGCGCGGGGAAGACUUGGCUUGCGACGCGUCUGCGCGACCACUUCGUCGCUCUUGGGAAAGAUGUUAUCCUCGUCAAUGAAGAGAGCGAGCAUCUUGAACGGCGUCUGUCCUAUGCUGAUUCGCGAGCCGAGAAACUGACACGAGGAGUUCUGAAGAGCCGAGUGAAUCACUUUUUAAGCUCAUCGUGCGUAGUUAUUUUGGAUUCGCUCAAUUACAUCAAAGGCUGUCGGUAUGAACUGUUCUGCUUGGCCAAGGAAAACUCGACGACACACUGCGUCGUGUACGUGGAUACGCCAGUGGCGAUGUCACAGCAGCGCAACUGCGACCGCGACGGCGACAAGUUUCCUCAAGACAUGGUCGAAGCCAUCUCGACUCGGUUUGAAAUGCCGUUGGAGAAGAACCGGUGGGACGCUCCGCUGAUUCGAAUCGCGCCAGGUUUGGACGAUACAACCGUGCAGCCCGUUGUGCAGCACAUUGAACAAGUCAUUUUGUACGGCAAAACCAUCAAAGCUGGCUUGGCCACGCAGGCGAAGCCUGUGAUCGAAACGUCGUUUUUGCAAGAGCUUGACGCUAUCACCAGUGCUAUCGUGGACGACUUGAUCGCUCGACAGCGGGAGUUUGACCUCGUCGAUGCCUGCCAGGUUCCACACGCCACUACGAAGAUAUCCUUUUCAACCCUAUCUAUCUCGUUUGGUUGAAUUUUCCUUGUUCGUUCUCCUUGACCAGCUUGUCCAAUACGUGUGCAUCGGUCAUCACAUGUCGGCAUCGGAGCUCCGUCGCCAUCGCCGCCAAUUCAUCAAGAUCUCACAUCGACAUCCUCCUGCAGUCCACCAAAUCGGCAACCAUUUUGUCGAUUACUUGAAUGAACAAGCACAAUGAAUGCAACACGUUACUUUCCUUUGCCCCGUUG